AUGGCGCCCGCCCGACCACAACCCCAAUGCGCACCGGCCCGUCAGAAGCAAACCCGCACACGCACCCCUUUCAAUUUCGUUAAACGGGNGGGGGGGGGGGGCUGCUAUUACAGAAUUUGUGGUGCUUAUGGUUUAUUGGGGCAGGGCGCGCCCCAUAUUAAAAGGCUUUUUGUUAAUGCGGGGGCCUGCGCCGCCGCCGCGCAGGCAGGAGGAAAACCCGUUUCAAAUUAUCUGGACCCCGGGCGGCGCCUUUUGAAUGACUUUUGCAUGCCCUUAUUCAAGCCCACGGGCACCUUCCUCCCGGAGCAAAAAGUCCGCAGCGACGAAACGCAGCGGCCAACGAAGCCGAUGACACGUCGGGGGUGGCAAAACCUUAAUAAAACAGGCCGCGGGGGCGCCUGGCUUUGCGACGUUGCCGCUGCGGCUCGGCGGGCCAUGCGGCCCCGAAGUGCGAUGCGAAGUGGGCCGUGGGGAAAGCGAGGGCGCCCCCAUAUCCCUUAG